ACAAGCCACACGCUGAUCUACAAAUAAUCAGUGCAAGAAGAUGAAUGUCAAUUUGCUCCAACAUCCGUCAAUCAAGUAGAAGAACGUCUGGCGUCCAGCGAUGACGUCACAAGCUGUGUACUGUCUAAGUCUUCAGAUACGUCCAACGGCCGAGGAGGGCAAUGCAACUGCCGGUGCAACGAACGGUGGCAAUGAGCAGCAACAGCUGGGUGGUAAAUCGGUGGUGGCGGCUUCCGGGGCGGCUACGAUGGUAUCGAACGCCUCCACCAUGGUAACAACCAGCGGUGCCACGCUCCUAAGCGGGCUGGAAAAGUCGGGCGUUACCAUCUCGGCCGAAGCAUCCCGUGCACUGCAAACCCAUGCGCUACAGAUCGCUCAUUCGCAGAUCGUUACGACCAGCCAGAGUCCUGCCACCGUUACCGUGGCCACCUCUCAGCAGCAACAACAGCAGCAGCACAGUAACAUCAUCCUAGUGCGUGGCUCACGCUCCGAAAAUGGUCAAAUCAUUCUGCAAAACACGCACGAACUGCUCAGCCUGUUAAGUGAUGAAGAUAAACCGAUCUUUCUGCAGCACCAGCGCCUAACAACGACCGGUGCCGGUGCAACUAUUACGAAGGCUCACACUACCAAAACACUCUCCGAGGCGGCAGCAGCUGGCACUGGUGGAGCGAGUACGAUCCUUUUCCAGCCAGCCAUCAAGAGUGGUACGCUGGAGGGUAUAAGUGGUGUCGGUGGUGGUGGUAGUACAAUUUUGCUACAAUCAGAUGCCCUCAAGAAGGGUACAACGCUGGAGGUGGGUUCAUCUUCCGCCGCCGGCAGUACCGGCGGUCCGAUCUUUCUACAGCAACGAUUGAGCAAAAAUGGCACCGAAGGUCCGAUACUGUUGCGCACGCUUAAGCGCCUCGAUAAAUCACAAUCGAUACUGGUGAUCCGGAAUGCCACCACGGCAGGGCCGGUUGCAACGGCGGGGAGUACGGUGGUUGCGGCUUCCGCUGCCGGAUCGGGUGGUAUCUCGGUGUCAACGGCCGGUGGUGCUACGCUCGCUAAGGUGAAACCGAUUUCGACGCCAACAACAACAGUCGUUACGGUGACCGCUGCUCCGGUCGGUGGAGGGAGUGGUGUUGGUGGAGCGAUUGCCAGACGUGUACAGGAGGAGGCGGAGGAGAAAAAGGAACCAGUCACGGUAGCGAAGGUCGUGCACAAGACGAACAAUAUGCCGCUGGGUACAGAUGGUGAACCGAUCAAACUUCCGGAUAAUUUGGAGAGUUUACCCCGGGCAGACCAUUUCCCAACCCAACGACACCGGUGGAAUACCAAUGAGGAAAUUGCGGCCAUCCUAAUCAGCUUCGAUAAACAUUCCGAAUGGCAGUCGAAGGAAGUCAAAACGAGACCAAAAAGCGGAUCGAUGCUGUUAUACUCUAGGAAAAAGGUACGCUACCGACGUGAUGGAUACUGCUGGAAAAAGCGCAAGGAUGGCAAAACGACCCGCGAAGACCACAUGAAGCUGAAGGUGCAGGGUACCGAAUGCAUCUACGGUUGCUACGUCCAUUCGGCCAUCCUGCCAACUUUCCACAGACGCUGCUACUGGCUGCUGCAAAACCCGGACAUUGUGCUGGUGCACUAUCUGAACGUUCCCUAUCCGGACGAUAACAAGAUGGCAGUCAUCACACCGAAUCUGGCCCUGUGGGGCGAUAAGAAGGAGUGGACAAAGGAAGAGCUGGUCAGCCAGCUAAAGCCAAUGUUUUUUCCCACAGUUUUCAGCGAGGACGAACCGGACACGGCGAACGAGAUUGAAAUCUCGACGGCCGAAACGGUGGAAGCGAUCGUCAGCCAGCUGAUGGAGAAGCAACGGAUGGCACGUCAGACGGCCCUGGUGAAGCAGCUCGAGUGUGGUUGCCCCGAUGCGAACUGUGCCGAUGGGAAGUCAUGUUCACAUCCGAUGCGCCGCAUCAGUGCGGCAAAGAGCGUGCAGGAGUUGGGCAAACGGACGGACGGACAUGGUGGUGGUACGGCUCCGAACGUGCUGAUCGGUUCUAGGAUGUAUCCCCGAUGGUUGGAUAAUCGAAGGAUGGCAACAGGGCGAGUUGAACAGCAGCAGCAACAGCAGCAGCAGCAGCAACAACCGCAACAGCAACAUCCCCAGCACACUAUCCUCGAUCCGAAUGGGGCACGCGCCAUCACACCGAAGACGCUCGACUCGUCGAUACACUUCCAAGUCAUUCCUACCUCGGCGCAGAGCCUCACCGGUCAGAAUUCAAUUAGGCCCGGCAAUCAAAACCCAUCCGCUCUGGUUUCGCUGAGCGGCAGUAACACUAGCUCACAAUUAACAAGUGUCAGUAGUCACAUUACAAACGGCAUUGGCGGCAGCUCGCAAGGCAAUCAUCUCGGAGGACAUCGGUCGGCCAUGAUUAUCACAAGCAAUCAGCAUCAGCAGCAACAGCAGCAACACCACCAACAGCAGCAACAUCCACAUCACCAUCCCCAGCAACAGCUCCCUAGUGUGCACUCUCAUGCACAUCAUGGGCAUCCUCAUGCACAACAGCAACAUACGCUUACGAUGAACGGUAACAGUAAUUCGUCCAGCAGCAGCAGUAGCAGCAACAGCAGCAACACCAUCAACAACAACAACAACACCAGUAACACCAGUGGCAGUAAUGUCGGUAGCAAUCAAUUAACCGCCAUUGGCCACUCCAACAGUCAAGUGACACCAUCGAAUGGCAACGGCACCGGAACGGGCCCGGAUCGGUCCAACACAGUGAACGGCGUACCUGGGGGAGCUCGCGAUGCGCGCGACAUCAAUCUAAACGGCAGCAACGAGAAUCAUAUAUCAAUGAUCGGAACCACCGGUCAAACCAAUCGGCCAUCGAAUGGACACGGUGCGAAUCAGCGGUCCGGUGCGGAUGGAAUCUGUGGUGAUUCGAGUGGGUCGAGCGUGAUGUCGAAUGGGAAUGGAAAUCAAGGUGGUCAGGGUACGGUUCAUCAUAAUCGAAUUUCGAUUAAUGGUAACGGUGCAUCGGUAGCGACAUCGACCCCUCCGUUGGUGCUAAGUUUGGGUCAGAACCUUAGAGCCCCUGGUAGUUUGUUGAUUUUAAACGGCCAACAACAAUCGUACGUGUGCCAAUCGCAGCACCAGAAAACGAACGACAAGGACACCGAUGGGUCUAUCAAAACGGAAUCAUCCUCCAGUGCGAUUGCGAAACAAGAAAUGAUGGACGCAUCAUCUUCACCGGUUCCUUCCCUAACGCAUCACCAAACAAGACAGUCAUCACAGCCUUCGAGUAGUUCACCGUCGUCUACCACAACGGGCGGAACCUCCGAGAAGCAAUCGUUCGACAGUAUCUUUGGGUAUCAGGAACACACCCCGAUGGCGAGUCCGGUGCAGAGCAUGGAGAACAGUGGUCCAGCUCAUCAUCACCACGACAAUCUGCCAUUCUUCAACGAAACGCUCGAUCUGUCUCAGGAGGAUAUUCAGAAAACGCUUAGCGCUAAUAUGCCACUUGGUGGCCACGUUCCUGGGCACGAUAGUACGCCAACGGAUGAUGCCAUGAAUGGUGAGAUCAAUCCGAUGGACUUCAUCGAGAACUGUGGCGAUAACCAUGGUACGGUGGAUGAUGAUGUGUUUGUAAAUUUGGACGCUUUCGACAUGCUGGUGGAGUUCCCGGAGUUGGAGCUGGAUGCGAAGAAUGAGUUCUUGCGUGAUGGUACGGAUGACGGUACGGAUGAUACUGCUACCGGUGGGGGAGAUCUCGCGGGUGAUAGUGGUAGUGAGCUUGGACAGUACAAACAUCACGUACAGAACGAGCAACAGCAGCAACAACCACAACCAUCUCAACCGAUAUCGAACUCGUCCACCAUUACGGACUUUAGUCCCGAAUGGGCCUAUCCGGAGGGUGGCAUCAAGGUGCUGGUAACGGGACCGUGGAGUGCCAGCUCCGCCUAUACAGUAUUAUUCGAUUCGUUCCCGGUGCCGACAACGCUCGUGCAGGACGGUGUGCUGCGAUGCUACUGUCCGGCGCAUGAGGUCGGUGUCGUGACGCUGCAGGUCGCCUGUGAUGGUUUUGUGAUAUCCAAUGCGGUCAACUUUGAGUACAAAUCUCCGCCAAAGUUCGAGACAAAGUGUGAGGGUAACGGUAACGAUAUGCUGUACAAGUUUAACCUGCUCAAUCGGCUCGAAUCGAUCGACGAGAAGCUUCAGAUAAAGGUCGAACCGGGCGAGUUGCCCGAAGAUACACUGCUGUUUAAGCAGAACAACUUUGAGGAUCGGUUGGUAAACUACUGCGAGACACUGACAGCGAAAAUGUGGCGUUCCGUCACUCCAGGACCGUUUAUUGAUAAGCAUCAGGGUAUGACGCUACUCCAUCUGGCAGCGGCUCUCGGCUAUGCUAAGUUGGUACGUACGAUGCUCACCUGGAAGGCAGAGAACUCGAAUGUCAUCCUGGAGGCCGAAAUCGAUGCUCUUAGUCAAGAUAAGGACGGUUACACGCCGCUGACACUUGCCUGCGCUCGAGGACACACCGAGACGGCCAUCAUACUGUACAAGUGGAACCAGAACGCUCUGAACGUUCGCAACCACGCGCAGAAGAGCCCGGUCGAGGUGGCCCGCGAAUAUGGUCAUAGUGAGCUGGCGCGUGAACUCGAACGGCAGGAAAAGGAACGAUUACACAUCCAGCAGCGCACACCAACAAGUGCUUCCAUCCCGACGCUUGCCUCCAUCUCGUCUUCUACGACGGCUUCUUCCAGCACGAUCUCCGCUUCCUCCGCUUCGCCAAACACAUUGCCAACGAGCUGCUCGGUCCAUUCUUCCAGCGCCUCUUCGCCGGCUGCUUCGCCCGCCCAAACGUCCAACGGACCGGAUGGGUCCGGCACGACAGCUUCAAACGCCCCGAGGGGCAGUCGAUACUCCGGUACCGAUCUUCUUAGCAAUCUGAACGAAAGCAAUAGUAGCAGUAGUAACAGUAGCAACAGCAGCUCCGGCAGCAAUAGCAGUAGCACCGGCGCCGAUUGUAAAGCGACGGACGGUAAUAACAAUAUGCACUCCAACAGCGGACCUGAUAUGCAUUCGCUCACGACCGAUGCGUCCGGUACGAUGCACAACUUUCUAAACCUGAAUCAAAUCUUCAGCUACGGAGAGGGUUUGCACGGUACGGGUGGUGAUAGCUGUAGCAACGAUAAUUUUGGCUUGGUGGCGGCUUUUAAUCCGUCCCUCUCGCCAAACGCCCUGUCGCCGUACAGUGAGAUGAAGGGUUCCUGCUCAUCGACCGGUUCGCAGUCUGGUGGGACACACUACGGGCUGGAGAAUACCAACUCUAAUCCGAUGCUCUCGAACGCGCUGUCACCUAAUUCGGACAGCAAUCGUAGUCACGAUGGAGUUUUCUUGCGUCCUGGUGCUGUUUAUUCAAGCCAAAGUCCUCCCGGUGCACGGCUUUCCAAGCGUUCGUCAAUCGAUAGUGGCAUCAACAUGGACAACCGUUCCGUGGCGCUUGGCCGUACGGGAAAAACGUUCCGUGAUGCUGGCCAGCGCACGAACCGUAUGGAUCGUAGUAUGUCACUGCCGCUUGCUUCGGGUGGUGGACAGCCGAGCGGUAAGAAUCAACCCGGCACCCCUUCCAGCACGACCGGAGGUGAUCGAGAGACGGACAGUUUCUCGCUUUCGCUGAGCGAACGUACGACGGAGUCACCGUCGCAGUUGUCAAGCAAUGUAUCGCUACUGUCGCCAUUGCGUAAAAUGGACUUUGCACUGUGUGAGGUUUCGGCUACGGAAAGCAGCCCGAUGUGCGAGGAUGCUGACUCACUGCAGGAGGACGACUGUCACCAUCAGCUGCCGGACAGUAUGGAUCUGGGUCAGGGUGGCACCGGUGGGAAUGGUGCCGGUACUGUGCCGAACGCCGUAGGGGAUUCCGAUGCGAAGGUGCUAACACUAGCCGAACAGAUUAUAGCCGCCAUGCCCGAGCGUAUCAAGAACGAAUCGGAAGAAACUAUGUACCUUGGUAGUCCGCUGCCAGAUUCACUGAACGAGGACACGUCCGGGAUGGGUAUAUUGAACGACACCUUCAUGGAGCCGUUGCUCGAUUCGCUUCCUUCGUCGCAGUUUGAUCAAGAGUUUAACUUUGAGUUUAGCGAUCACAACUACCGUUAUCAUGAUGUCGGUACACCCUGCUCUAGUCUCAGUCCGGCCUCGUCUGGUCCGCUACAGUCUCCUGCCAGCUAUUCCAUACCCCAAGAUCAUCCCGUCGGAUCGCCAAGUCCGCCACCAACGACGCAGGAUUUUACCGAGUUUCUACAGUCCUCCACCGGUACGGUGCGACCGUUUGAGGCGGAUUUUUCUAACCUUAAACUAAACGAUCGCGAACAACGUGAGCUGUACGAAGCAGCCAAAUGUAUCCAAAAAGCUUACCGUUCCUACAAGGGUCGCAAAAGCCGCAUGGAGGAACAGGAUAAAGAGCGUUCGGCAGCCGUCGUAAUACAGAACUACUAUCGACGGUAUAAACAGUACGCGUACUAUCGCCAGAUGACGCAGGCCGCACUCGUCAUCCAGAACGGUUACCGAUCGUACUGUGAGAACAAGCGGUUCAAGAAAGCACAAACCGCCCAGCAACAGCAGCAACCGGUGACGAGUAGCGAGGAGGAUAAGGCUUCGGCCCAAUGUCUUGAAACGUACUACCAAAACUUCCGCAACGAGCAGAAGCAGCAACAAUCGCCUCAGCAGCAACAGCAGAACAAUCAGCAGGGCGGUUCCGGCUCGAAGGAGCCAAGCCCGUCCGGUCCCUUGAAACGAACCUAUUCGCAACGAACACAAAAUCAGGCCGCUAGAAAGAUACAGCAGUUUAUGAGACAAUCGAAGAACAAUACAUGGGAUGAGCAAAUGACUAACUUGGCUACAGAGAGAACGAGCCGAAAAAGAGAGGCUGGUCCACCUACGCAGGGUGGAGUACCUCCAAAGCUUGCAGUGUCACGAACAGCCCGAGGGACAGCCUACCAACGGUCCAAGGUGAACUGAAGCAGGCUGCAACCGCACGGUUGGCGUCACUCGAAAGGCACACUGUUCGCGCUGGCAGCAUCACUGCAGCUAGACUGUACGCGUUACUUACAGUAGCUUACAUCGCAUUCGGUAU